AUGGCUAAGGACACAAAUAUAGCCAUUUGGGUUUUUCCAUUGAUAUUCUCAGAGAAUCGGCAAAGGGGUCAAAUGUUUCAAGGACUUUGUCCUCUGCCUCUACCACUCUAUUCACUUUUUAUCCUUUCAGUACUAUCCUCGGUAGGACUUAGCAAUGUACCAGGAAUAGAAUAUGAUUGGGGAGCUCACCCCAAGUUAGUUUGCAUGCCUCUACCUGCAGAUGCUGAUCCAAGUUGUUUUCCCCCAGAUGGGGUUACUCAUGGCCCUAGCAUUAAUGGACAUAACAAUGGUCAUGGCAAUAGCCACAGUAAUGGACAUAGGAAGGGACAUUUUGUUGGUGGCUUGCCUAACAGUCCUACUGGCAGCAGUAGUCGACGGGCCAUAUCUGAUGAAGCAAAAUCUACAAUUCUGCACUUGAGGGAAAGCCUAGUACGUCAGAAGGAGACCAUUCUGGAUCAGAGGGAAACUAUACGGGAGUUGACUGCAAAACUGACACUCUGUGAGGGCUUUGGGAGAGGUGCGAGUGGGCACCACAAUGAAGAACACCAUGGACAUCAUGGCUCUCACCAUUCUUCACAUCACUCUGAUCAUUCUGAUCCCCACUAUCCCCUCAAUGGGUACCACAAUGACCAUCAUAGAGGAAAGUCACCAUUUCUGGGGAAACAUGGACCUUCCCCAGAGCAGGCAGAGAAGACCUUGCAGGCUCUUAAAGAAAGGCUGGAAAAUUUACAGGCAAGGAAUUCAUCCAGUACCUAUUCUAGUUCACUGAAAGACCUUCUGCAGCGCAAAAUUAGUGCACUUGAAGAACAGCUUCACCAUCACUAUGAUAGUCACCGUGACUAUGAUAACCACAAAUCCCAUCCUGGGCAUGGCCAUGUUGAUAAUCACCAUGAUGACCACCAUGGAGAUCCCCAUGAUGAUCAUGAUAACAACCGCCACUAUGGUCAACAUUACAGUCACUAUUAUGGCCAUCAUUAUGAUCAACUCAGUACACACCACAAUGAUAAUGAUAACCACCAUGAUAACCAUCAUAACAAUCACAAUGAUGACCAUCACGAUGACCACCAUGACAGCAGCAAGAAUGAACACCAUGAUGACCACCAUUUUGACUCCCAUGACAUUGGUCACCAUGGCAACAAUGAUCACGCCCACCAGCACCAUAGCCCUGUUAAGUCAACAGUGUCUAGAGCACGUGAUGUCUACAAUAAGUUGGAUUCUGUGCUGAGCCAUUUCUAUCACAGGUCUCCAGAAAGAGGAAACCACAAGAGACCUAAGAAUCCCGAUGGCUUUCAAAUCGGAUUCCCCAUGCACACUAACUACAUGUAUGGCCGGAUCAAGCGUACUCUUCUCAAUGAAAUUUUUGCCCUAACUGUCUGCCUCUGGCUAAAGGGGGGUUCAGGCCCAGGAAUAGGCACCCCUUUUUCUUACUCUGUUCCUGGCCAGGCUAAUGAGCUUGUCUUAAUUGAAUGGGGCAACAGUCCAAUAGAAUUACUGGUGAAUGACAAAGCUGUCACUCUACCGCUCUCUCUACAAGACAGUAAAUGGCACCAUCUUUGUGUGACUUGGUCGACUCGGGAUGGCAUAUGGGAGGCUUAUCAGAAUGGAGUGAAAAGGGGCUCUGGAGAAAAUCUGUCCCCCUGGCAUCCCAUAAAACCAGGAGGAGUCUUUAUACUGGGACAGGAGCAGGAUACUCUUGGUGGCCGGUUUGAUGCCACACAAUCAUUUGUUGGAGAAAUGUCAGACCUACAGCUAUGGUCACGUGUUCUUAACUCUCAAGAGAUAGACAACCAAGCCUCUUGUUCCAACCACCUCACUGGAGAUGUUAUUGCUUGGAGUGAAUCCAUUUUGGAACUUCAUGGAGGGGUUACCAAAUAUCCCUUUGACCCUUGUCACUAA